ACUUUUGAAUUUCAGACAUUCCCGUCUUGUGAUAUUCAGUAGAGUACAGCGUUUUAGUCUGUGCUUGAUAAAUUAAUUUAUACAUAUUUAUACUUUUUUACUAGAAACCAAAUACUAACUACUCAACAUGUGUGACGAAGAAGUAGCCGCAUUAGUAGUCGACAAUGGCUCCGGUAUGUGCAAGGCCGGUUUCGCUGGGGACGACGCCCCACGUGCCGUAUUCCCAUCCAUCGUGGGCCGUCCAAGACAUCAAGGUGUCAUGGUUGGCAUGGGACAGAAAGAUUCCUAUGUAGGAGAUGAGGCACAGAGCAAGAGAGGUAUCCUUACCUUGAAAUACCCCAUUGAACACGGUAUCGUCACCAACUGGGACGAUAUGGAGAAAAUCUGGCAUCACACUUUCUACAAUGAACUCCGAGUUGCCCCAGAAGAACACCCAGUUCUCCUGACAGAAGCCCCCUUGAACCCCAAAGCCAAUCGUGAGAAGAUGACGCAGAUCAUGUUUGAGACCUUCAACACCCCCGCUAUGUACGUAGCCAUCCAAGCCGUACUCUCCCUGUACGCCUCCGGUCGUACCACUGGUAUCGUAUUGGAUUCAGGUGAUGGUGUAUCCCACACGGUACCCAUCUAUGAGGGUUAUGCCCUCCCCCACGCCAUCCUCCGUCUGGACUUGGCUGGCCGCGACUUGACUGACUAUCUCAUGAAGAUCCUGACUGAACGCGGCUACUCGUUCACCACCACCGCCGAGAGGGAAAUUGUCCGCGACAUCAAGGAGAAACUCUGCUACGUAGCGCUCGAUUUCGAACAGGAAAUGGCCACGGCCGCCAGCUCCAGCUCCCUGGAGAAGAGCUACGAACUACCCGACGGACAGGUCAUCACCAUCGGCAACGAGAGGUUCCGUUGCCCAGAGGCGUUGUUCCAGCCCUCGUUCUUGGGCAUGGAAGCGUCCGGCAUCCACGAAACCACCUACAACUCCAUCAUGAAGUGCGACGUGGACAUCCGUAAGGACUUGUACGCCAACACCGUCCUGUCAGGAGGCACCACCAUGUACCCCGGCAUCGCCGACCGCAUGCAGAAGGAGAUCACCGGCCUCGCCCCAUCCACCAUGAAGAUCAAAAUCAUCGCGCCACCAGAGAGGAAAUACUCCGUAUGGAUCGGCGGUUCAAUCCUCGCGUCGCUCUCCACCUUCCAGCAGAUGUGGAUCUCAAAGCAGGAGUACGACGAGUCCGGCCCCUCAAUCGUCCACAGGAAGUGCUUCUAAGUUUAAUUUUUCUUUACGCCUGCAUUCCAAUUAUUCGAUGCGUUCCACUUCUUUGUAUUAUAAUGCGAAACGCUGCCCCCGGGCGCUGAACUGCCAUGUCGGUACGGGACCGAGCGACGGUACACUACGCCAAAGUAUUACUAUCUUAAUUUUGUGCGGUCGCUCGAUCCUGCAUCGGCAAGUAAUAUAAUAUUAUUAUUACUUUUAGGCUAAUACUUAUGGGAUAAUAAAUAAAAAAAUUGUAAAACUUUA